AUGGAAAAGAUUAGGGCUGCCAUUAAGCUACUGCUGAUGCUAGUGAUUUUGGGGAUCAUUUUCAUCUGGAUCAUGAUGCCCACCGGUGCAUAUAGGAAUAAAUGGUGGCCUAACAUCAAAGUGACGGUUAAUUCUACUUAUUUUGGAACACAAGGUGCAACGAUGUUGAUAUUCACUUUUCCCGUCCUAUUUGUUGCUUCCUUGGGCUGUGUCUACCUCCAUUUGGGAAAGAAAUUGAAUGGUAACAAAAAAGAAAGCAAUUGGAAAAUCAAUCAAUCCGGGUGGAAACGGCCGCUGCUCGUGAAAGGCUCUCUAGGAAUUGUUUCCAACAUAGAGCUAGCCUUGUUCUUCACUUUCAUUGUGCUCCUAAUUUGGUCUUUGGCAAAUUAUAUACAUCUCUACUUUGCUACAAUCACCCCUAAAUCAGCAGCAGCCAAAGGCCUCAAAGUUUGGCAGUAUAAAUUGGAUGAAUCAGCACUUGCAAUAGCCGUUGUUGGAAACAUAGCUCUAUCAUUUCUCUUCUACCCUGUGGCUCGCGGUUCAUCGGUGCUGCCACUCUUUGGCCUCACGUCUGAGGUUAGCAUCAAGUACCAUAUUUGGCUCGGGAACAUUGUCGUCAUCCUCUUCACGGCUCACGGCCUUUGUUACAUCAUCUUUUGGGGCGUAACCAAACACAUAAACAAGAUGCUGAGGUGGGAUUUUGCUGAUGUGUCAAAUGUGGCGGGAGAGAUAACUUUGCUCAUUAUGUUGACCAUAAGGGCAACGAGCAUCCCUCGUAUACGACGUAAAAUGUUUGAGCUCUUCUACUACGCCCAUCACCUUUACUUUCUCGCUGUCGUUUUCUUUAUCCUCCACGUCGGCUUCUCCUUCGCCUGCAUCACGCUUCCUGGUUUCUACAUCUUCUUGAUCGACCGCUUUUUAAGGUUCUUACAAUCCCGACAAAAAGUUCGUUUAACUUCUGCCCGCCUUCUAUCAUGCCAGACGGUUGAACUCAACUUCUCCAAGAGUCAAGGUUUGAAUUAUAAUCCCACCAGCACUAUCUUCGUAAACGUGCCAAGCAUUUCCAAGCUCCAAUGGCAUCCCUUUACUGUUACUUCCAGUAGUGAUUUGGACCCAGAAAAUCUGAGUGUCGUCAUUAAAGGUGAGGGAAGGUGGACCACCAAGCUUUACGAAUUGAUUUCUUCGCCUUCUUCCAUGGAUCGUCUCGAGGUCUCUGUUGAAGGCCCUUAUGGACCAGCCUCAACUGAUUUUCUAAGGCAUGACACCCUUGUGAUGGUGAGCGGAGGCAGUGGCAUCACCCCAUUCAUCUCUAUAAUCAGAGAUCUCAUCUUCAGUACUAGCACAAAACUGGAUCACAGAGCUCCACGUGUGAUCCUCGUUGCCGCAUUCAAGAACUCCUCGGACCUCACCAUGCUAGACGUUAUCCUUCCUCCUUCCGCAGCCACUCCCUACGACAUUUCCAAACUUCAGCUACAGAUCGAAGCUUUUGUAACAAGAGAAAAGGAGCCCACAACCCACGACAACAAGGCCAUGAUCAGAGAGGUGCGGCUCAAGCCGCGCCCAACUGACGCGCCCAUAUCCGCCAUUCUAGGCCCAAGCAGCUGGCUCUGGCUCGGCGCGAUAAUAGCAUCUUCGUUUGUCGUUUUUCUUGUCUCCACGGGGGUUAUUACCCGCUACUAUGUUUAUCCGAUUGAUCGGAAUACCGGUGCGAUAUUUUCAUGGUCUUUGAAAAGUGUGUUGUAUAUUUUAGUUGUAUGCUUUAGUAUAGCCACCACAGCAAGCGCGUCAGUUUUGUGGAACAAGAAACAGAAAGUCAUGGAAGCCAUGCAGAUUCAGAACAUGGGAACACAAAGAGAAUUGGAAAGCCUUCCCCACCAGUCUCUUGCCCAACUCACCAAUGUCUACUAUGGUGAAAGGCCCAACUUAAAGAAAAUGUUGUUGGAAUGCAAAGGAUCAAGUGUGGGAGUUAUGGUUUGUGGUCCAACGGAGCUGUCUAAAGAGGUUGCAGCCAUUUGUGGAUCUGGUUUGGCAGAAAAUCUGCAUUUUCAGUCCUUUAGUUUUAGUUGGUGA